AUGAAGCAGCCAAGCAUCACAGCCAGGUCAUCAAAGAGCAACUCGGCUUCUUUAGACCUCGACGCUUACCCCUAUCUACAACGCUUUGAGAAGCUUCGGCACACAUAUCCCGCGCUCAAGUCGGCUUUGGAUAAACUACGAAACAGCGGAGAUCCAGGAAGAGUACUGGUCUCACAACGAUAUUCCAAUGACGGCGUAUAUCAAGGCACACCUGGCAGAUGCGCCGUGCUCACAUUUGGCACCAGUAGAGUUGAUCGUGAAGGGACUUUUGAAUCUGCAGAUGCCUUGGACGCCUAUCUCAAAAGCAAUCCGGCGGACCAUGGCAAGACAUCCCGCCGUCGACUGUUCAUCCUGGAGGACACGGAGCCGAAGUUCGUGGACCGCCUCGGCGAGCGUCUGGGCGUGGAUCCUCUGGUCUUCUCCUCUCAAAUGAACACAUGGUACGUCGAGGGCACAUCGCUGCGCAUAUCCCACUCAGCGACUGUCGGGAUGGGAUGACCUGGAGUCUGUAUGUUGAUUUGCACGCAGGAACUUCACAGACUCCAAAUCCGUCCCUCACCGAGCGUUGCCCUCUCUGCAGACCCCUGCGAAAUCUUUCACACUGCGAUACUAUGAGCUUCGUACCUUGGACGACGAAGACAAUAUCAGUAUAACGAAGAAUCAGAUGACGCAUGCUGUAAACCGUCGCAUCAUUGAAAGAUGGCGAGACGUCGAUACUAAAUCUAUCCCGGUUGACAAGAGGCAUGCGUUCGUCAGGAGAUGCGCAAGCUUUUGGUGUUCGACCGACGAUCUGGGAAACCAGAGCAGUGGCUGGGACGGUAAGCCAAUGAUCUUCACAUUCUCAUCAAGUUGCUAUAUUGACCCGUCAUGCGCAGCUGUCAUACUUGUCGAUCCACCCAUGGAUUCCUGCGCCACUUGCAAGAGGCACAAUGAGGAGACACACCGGCGAGACAAGUCCCAUGCGCAGAUCGAAUUGGAAGGCAAGCCAGACGGUAACAUGUGCAACCCGUCUUGUUUGAUGAUCGAGGACCCCAGAGAGUGCCCGAUCGGCAGAAACUCUGGAACGCACAGUCCUGGGCUGAUGGCGUAAAGCUGCGCGAAGCUCGUCACAACAGCGUUCCUUACCAUGGAGGAUGUCCUUCGAUCGCACUCUCGCACGACAAGAAUCUCGCGCAGCACCCUCGAAGCACCGCCCUCCUGGAUGAGAUAGUAUUCCACUGGACGAGUCGCACCAAUGAGACGCUCGUGAAGAAGGCCUAUGAGCAGCCAGUGAACGCGGCCUACCAUCUGUUGAAAUUUGUUGCGCAGCAUUGGAACCACCAACUCGAACUCAUCACCUAUGGUGUCUCCAUAAGCGAGUGGUUCGCCGAUGACCAUGAUGCGACAAUGGACCCCCGAGCUUCACUGCAAGACUGGAAGACUGAGCUUCAGAGUAUCUCGCAGGUGACCAAAGGUAUGCGAUGACAUCAUGGCUGCCGGCAGAGCUGUAGAAUUUGUGUGUCUAACUGGAGUGAUGACAGACAUCAACUACACACGACGGCAAAUGGCCCAAUUCGAGCGUGCAAUCACGCUAAACAUCGAGCGCCUGGGCGUUCAGCUCGGCUGCGAGGCCAUCGACACCAGUCUCCCACUUUCUCUGGCCGAUGCACAAAAAGAUUUCCUGGCCAUUCUGCGGCGGUUGAGGCCGCUUCGCGAACGUGUCGACGACCUAAGUAAUAUCGCCAGCAACGUAACGAGCUUGCGGGCCGCAUUCAAGGGCCUCCAGGACGGCGAACAAGGCCUGAAGUUGAAUCUGUUCGCGGCCAUCAUCUUCCCACUUACCUUGGUGGCGAGCAUGUUUAGUAUGGCAGAGGGCUACCUUCCAGGCCAGCGCAAUUUCUGGGUCUUCUGGGCGGCCAGCAUACCCUUGGCUUUCGUCGUGGGCUUCGGACUUCUGUACAGCCAUUUCUCUCGAGUGGGCCGUAGCAUGCUGGAGAAUAAUCUGAAGCGGAGACAAGAAAAGGCCCUCGAGCAGCGAGCUGCGCGUCGAGGAGCAAACUCAUUCGCCGUAUAA